CAGCCAGCACUGCCCAGCAGUCUGCACUUUGUUUAUGGGACUAUGUUUGCCACGCUAAUCUUCCCGCUUUUUAGGUAGGAGCCAGCAAGUGAGAGAGAGGGGGGAGAGAGAGUUCAUCGCUAAGGAAAGAGAGCAAGAGAGCGCAAAAGUGUGAAAGAGAGGCAGGCAGUGGCAGAAGGUGGACGGCAGAGAGAAUGACUAUCCUGCUCAAAGAAAUUUGUCAGAUUGUUGUGAAUGGAAUUUGCUUUUGCGUACACGCUGAUCAGUCCUGCAUGCAUCUGUCCUGUGGGGCAGUCAAAGGUUGUUGGUGUGCAGCCAUAUGAUUACACAAGGUGCUAGGCUGGAAGCCGUCAUCCUGCUGCACCUGUAGCCACGUGCGACAGAAGAGGGCAGACGGAAGGGUGAGAACGACGAAGCGGCCAGUUCUGCUCCACUUCUGCCUGGAUGGGUGUUCUGGUGUGCUGUGACUGCUUCUUCUAUAGGAAGUCAAAGACAAAACCAAAUGGAAAAAAGCCUCCAGCAGAAGAGAAGAAGCAGUACUUGGAGCCAGAGUUCACAAAGAUCCGAGUGGUGGACUUCGACCUCAAGGAGCUGGUGGUACUGCCCCGAGAGAUAGACCUCAAUGAAUGGCUAGCCAGCAACACGACUACAUUCUUCAAUCUUGUCAACUUGCAGUACAGCACCAUCUCAGAGUUCUGCACUGGGGACAGCUGCCAAGCCAUGACGGCAUGCAACACAAUAUACUACUGGAAUGACGAGAAGGGGAAGAAGACAAAGUGCACUGCGCCACAAUAUGUUGACUUUGUAAUGAGUCUUUGUCAAAAACUGGUCACAGAUGAGGAAAACUUUCCGACAAAAUAUGGCAGAGAAUUUCCCAACUCCUUUGAGUUGCUGGUGAAGAAGAUCUGCCGGUACCUGUUCCACGUGCUGGCUCACCUCUACUGGGCGCACUUUAAGGAGACGGUGGCUCUGGACCUGCAGGGCCACUUGAACACUCUGUAUGCACAUUUCAUCGUUUUCGUAAGGGAAUUCAACCUGGUGGACCCCAAGGAGACCUGCAUCAUGGACGACCUGUCUGAAGUCCUGUGCACGCCCCUCCCGCCGCCCUCGACCGCCCCCUCCGCCUCCGCCUCCCCUUCCUCACAAAACCACGUGACGGAGAGAUGAGCUGGGGGCGCCGCUGAGACGCCAGCACGUGAGUGAUGGAAGAUAAGAUAGAGAGAAGGAAAGACGGUCUGGUCGCCUUUGUUGGUGCGCCAGCAGGACUUUAGACGCCUUCAACCAAACUUUGUGUAUUUCGCUGCAACACCAACCAACCAGUCGGAAGAUAAAGGGGGGAGGUUUUUUUUUGCGGGUGUUAGUUUGGGGCGACGGGUUUGUAACGCCAGCAGGAAUUGGCGUCAACGUUCCUCACAGGGUCAAUUUUCCUUCCAUCUUCUCUGCAGCAUAAACUAGGAACAAAAAAUGUUGGCUAUGUUUUAUUUGUUUGGUUUUAUUUCACUUUUGUUGGAGUUGUUUGCUUUCAUUUAGUUGUUUGGUUGGGUUGGCAGCGUGGUUACUGACCCUCCUCAUCCUGUACACUUCCUUGGACAGUGUCUGCGCGCCGUGGACCCCUAGCGUUCCUCCGAUGGCGUGAGUCACCACCCUGGGCGAUAUUAGCCAAUCCCUGUCUGGGUUGUUUUUGUGGGGGUCAAUUUAAGCUCCUCCUACUCAGGACCUGUAAAAGUUUGUCACUGCUGCCAGAGGGGCUUUUCUCUCCCUUCGUGAUCCUUUUCAACUCCUCCACUUGUCCUCCAUAUUGAUGCGGUGGAGCCUACUAACCCCUAGAGGGCAGCAAAGACGACGAGCAAGGAGACAAGAGAACAUAUAAAGAUUGUAUAUUAGAUAUUUAACCCUAUGAUCAGAGGAAAGGUGAUACUUUAUGUCUAGUGGCCGAAUAAUCUCAGCAGUUUGCCUCCUUUAAGACACACACCUAUCCCAGCUGCACAGGAGGACAAAGACAUGAUGUCAUGUCUGCUGGCCCACCCAAGCCAACAUGAAGGGGGGAGGAGAGAGAGGUGUUGCAUGAAGGCCAUGCAAAGUGCACCUUUUUUUUGUUGUUGUUUUUUUUAGUUUUCCACAUGUCCCUUUUUAAUUGUACUUUUUAAAAAGAUCAUCAGACAAGUGAGAGAGGAAAACACCUUCUGCUUGGACGGGUUAUGUCAGAUAGUCUCUAUGUGGAGGAGGAAUGAGUUUAUAUAUGUCCCUUUUUUAAUUUAUUUUUAAGUUGGUUUUUUUUGUUUUUUUGCAGGGUUCUUUAGUUCUGGCUCUUGUUUUUAUGUAUUUUAAUUAUUAACUAAGUUAAAAGCAAUUUAAUAUUUCAAACUCUGCAGAUUAUAAUCUAAUAAAAGAGAUAAAUGCCAAUCUGUCCCAUUGUUGUUU